UGCUUGGCUGUCUGUCCGUGUGGAUCGUGGUUAAAGUGUGCUGGCAACGACUUACGGCGUCGAGAAAAGGAGAGCAGAAAGACUAACUGACGCUGUAUUUGCCGUGCCUAGGCAGCCAUGGCUACAUAGCUGGGCCGGAAUCACCAGUUUCUCUCUUGCCCCUAGGCCUUUCGGAAUGUUAAGCAGGUUGGGUCGGUGUCGAGCCGCAAGGUGGAGCGAGUCGAUGGCUGAAAUAAUCUCGGAGGCCUUAUAUUGUAAGAUGGACAUCUGACGGGGGUUGCCUUCCGUCUUUUAUUAUGUUAGCAUCGCCUGUACGUCUAAGGCUGUAAGUGUUGCCACGCGAAAUGUAAGUGCUCCAAGGAUGUCUAUGUUUUAGCGUGUAUGGGGAUGACGGUAAUGGAUAAACCGAAAACCAAUCGUAACUCUCGAAAUGUUUUUGAGGGUGGUUGGAAAAGAUACCACACUCUUCCCAGUUGCUGGAGGUUGAGCUGGAUCCUGUUGGCUUUGUUGCUCUUUCUCGUACGUUACGCUCAGGGUCAGGGGCCCGGCGUCCAGGUGACGGGAUCUUCUAGGUCCAAGGAAAUCGACAUGAGAGUGCAGUUCGAACUGGUCGAGGGCCUUCCGCCCGGUACGGUGGUGGGUACCAUACCCACCAAGCCCAAUUUCACCUACCGCUUCAACGAUAACCCUCCCGAAUUCCAUCUCAAUGCCAGCACUGGCAUCAUUACCACCACAGUGGAGUUGGAUCGUGAGUCUCUACCCAGCGAUCGCUUCGACCUAGUGGUACUCAGCAGCCAACCUACUUACCCUAUCGAGGUGCGUAUCAUCGUUCUCGACGUCAACGAUAAUGCUCCUACUUUUCCCGAGCCGGGUAUCGAAGUGUCUUUCUCAGAAAGUGCCAACGUGGGUACCAGAGUCAUUUUGGAUACCGCCACCGACGGUGAUGCCGGUGUUAACGACAUCACCACCGAUUACAAGUUAGUGUCCGGUAAUGAAGACGGCAAAUUUAGAUUAGUGGUCACUACCAAUCCCAGUGGUGAGAUGCCUUAUUUGCAUCUAGAAACUAUGGGCAGACUCGACAGGGAGGUCAAGUCGUUUUAUCAGUUGAAUAUCUCUGCGCAGGAUGGUGGUACCCCCGUCAAAAUCGGUCAUCUUCAAGUUAACAUUAGCAUCCUCGACGUGAACGAUAACCCACCAAUUUUCGAUCACAGUGAUUAUUCGGUGAGUUUAAACGAAAGUGUGCCACCCGGGACUAGUGUUCUUCAAGUGAGAGCUACAGACAACGAUAUAGGGGAUAAUUCGAAAAUCACAUAUUUUUUAAGUGACACAGAAACUCAGUUUUCCGUCGAUCCUCAGACGGGGAUCAUCUCUACCGUGGAUCAUUUGAAUUGUCAACAGAAUUGUCCACCACCCGACAACUGCCCCAAGAGUUGUGUUUUCACUGUGUUCGCUCGCGAUCACGGAUCGCCCAGACAAGAUGGAAGAGCUUACGUCACAGUUAAUCUUUUAGAUGCCAACGAUCACGAUCCGAUCAUCAGGUUUCGAUUUUUUCCAUCUACUGCCAAUUACGCCACGGUGGACGAGAAUGCCCAAAAUGGUUCCGUGGUUGCUGCUGUUAGUGUCAUCGAUUUCGACGAAGGCCCCAACGGGGAGACUACGGUCGACAUUCAAGACGGCAACGAAUUUAAUCAUUUUCGACUCGAAUCCACCCCCAGUUUCGAUAUAGUUAGGGUCAGUGCCAUUUUAGAUAGGGAACAAAUUAGUAAAUACAAUCUAACCAUUACUGCUAUCGAUAAGGGGAGCCCCCCGAGAAGUUCGACGGCUUUUCUUAUAAUUCACGUGAAUGACGUAAACGAUCACGAACCCGUGUUCGAAAAAAAUGAAUACUCUACCGUUCUCAGCGAACUAGUGCCAUUGGGUACCUUUGUUUCUGGUAUCACAGCCACAGACGAGGAUACCGGUAUCAAUUCUAACAUAUACUACUCCAUUAUAUCUGGUAACGACAGGAGAUGGUUUGCCAUGGAUAUGCUCACAGGUCUAGUGACAACUGUCAGGAGGUUAAACAGAGAGGAUCAAGACUUUGUGGAAUUAAAAAUUUCAGCACGCGACGGUGGACCGAGCCCGAAAUGGGCUUACACCUACCUUAAAAUCCAAAUAUUAGAUGAAAAUGACGAAGCCCCUUCAUUUUCUCAGACUUACAUUAACGUUUCUCUAUCGGAACACGCGCCACCAAAUUCCUUGAUCACUAUCGUUUCUGCCGUCGAUAAUGAUUUGGGAACCAAUGGAAGCAUCAUAUACAGCCUGGAUCCGGAAAUGGAACAGAUGUAUCCUGGAAAAUUCUCCCUGGAUUCAACGUACGGUCGUCUGAUUGCCAAAAUCCAGCUGGAUCGCGAAGAGCUCGGGAUAUACUUCAUAAAAGUCAUUGCAAAGGAUCAAGGACAACCCGCCCUGUCUUCCACGGCAACCGUGCAGUUGAAUAUCUUGGAUGUGAAUGAUAACACGCCAUUUUUCUAUCCCAAAAUAUAUUUUACGUCCGUUAAUUACGACGUUGCCGUUGGUACUUCAAUAUGCAAAGUGAUGGCCUUCGACCAGGACGAAGGGAGAAACGCAGUCAUUGUUUAUAAUCUGAUGAACGGAGACAAUAAGUUGUUUGAUAUUUCCGAAAAAACGGGUAUGAUUACCGUGAAGAAGAAAUUACAGGUGUCUGUGAAAUAUGAAUUAUUACUGUCUGCCCAAAAUCCUGGUGAUAAGGACGUUUCGGAUACGGCAACCGUCGUCAUCUACAGCAGCGAUAAUGCCACCGAAAACAAUAAAAUGGAAUUUCAGCAGAAGAACGGGUACCAUUUUGAAGUGGAGGAGGAUCAAUACGCUCGAGAACCCAAUGUUGGAAGAGAAGUAGGAAGAGUAUACGCCAUACCACCGGGUUCCAAAUACGUCAUUGCAGACGGUGACGAACUAGGAUGGUUCAAGAUGGACGAAAGAACGGGCAUCAUCACUACUUCACGAGGUUUGGACCGCGAGAAAAAGAAUAGCGUAACUUUGAAAGUAAUAGCCUACAGCGCCACGAAUUUCGUGACGACCUUUGUGAACGUCACCAUUCGAGAUGUCAACGAUUAUCCACCCACCUUUCUCUCACCUGUCAGACAAGUGGAAGUGAUGGAAGAUUGGCCCGUAGGCAGGGAGGUAUAUCUGCUUCAGGCUACCGAUUUAGACGAGGACAUCAAUAGCAAGAUGGAGUAUCACCUCAUCUCUAACCCUCAAAAUCUCUUCUCUAUUAAUAAAGUCACGGGAAUGAUCUACAUAAACAAGUCGUUGAGGCACGAAGCUCGUAACAGGUACACCAUAGAAGUGAUGGUUAGGGAUUCUGGGAUUCCCUCUUUGUCUAGUAAGAUACAAUUAGGGAUUUUAGUCAACGACGUCAACGAUCACGCUCCCAUAUUCGAUCACCUGACAUACGAGAUAUCCCUGAUGGAAUCGACGUCCGUUAACGACAGGUUUUACGCACUGCACGCCAGUGAUUCCGACUUUGAGGAAAACGGCAGAAUCACUUACAACAUCGUGGAUGGCAACGAGGAAAACAAAUUCGCCAUUUUUCCGGACGGAUAUAUCUACGUCAGAAGUUCGUUGGAUCGAGAGAAGCGUGACUAUUACGCUCUAACCGUUACGGCAACGGAUAAUGGCACCAAACCGCGCACCUCUUCUGCCUACGUCAUCAUUCACAUCAUCGACGAGAACGACAAUGCACCAGUGUUUAGCAAUGACACCUUUGUUUUCUACAUACCAGAGAACGAACCGCCGGACACUUACGUUGGCAAGUUGUCCGCCGAAGACGGUGACAAGGGGCGAAAUGCCGAACUUACCUACUCCAUCAGCACCAACCAACACGACUUUUUAGUGGACCCCAAAUCUGGUUUCAUCAGGACGCAAAACUAUUUCGAUCGAGAGAAACUUGUGGAAAUUUCUGGUCAUGACUACAUCGUUAUAGAGGCAGUGGUUAUGGAUGGAGGGGUAACGAGGCUUCGAGACGAAGCCAAAGUUACGGUGUAUAUAGCCGACGUUAAUGAUAACGUACCACAAUUUAUUCGCACACCUUACAGAGCAGCUGUUUCCGAAGGUGCUCCAACCAGGACUCUAAUCGUUAGAGUGAGUGCCACAGAUGCGGAUGACGGUUUGAAUGGCAACGUGGUCUACUCCAUUACGGGUGGGAACACCGACGACAGUUUCGUCAUCGACCAGGAUGCUGGACAGAUCACUCUGCUGAAAUCUUUGGAUAGAGAAAGCGUUUCCCGUUACGUCCUCACCAUAGAAGCUAGAGACAGCGGGGAGAUGGCCAUACUCUCCUCCACGGCCACAGUCACCAUAGACGUGUUGGACGAGAACGAUAACUCUCCCCAAUUUUCCGUCUCCACCCUACACAUAGAGAUACUAGAGAACACCCCGGUGAAUAUGAAAAUAUUUAAUUUUACCGCCACCGAUGCGGAUUUGGGACUGAAUGGGGAGAUUACGUAUUCCAUUGUUGCGGGUAAUAUAAAAGAAACCUUCAAGGUCGAUGCCGGUACCGGUGUGCUUUACGUGUCUAGGCCAUUAGACUUCGAGGAGCAGAGCGUUUAUCAUUUGAAUAUCACUGCCAGCGACGGUGGUGCUCCCAGGCUGACUUCCACCCUCCAAUUUACCAUCAGGAUUUUGGACGUUAACGACAACGCUCCCACUUUUUCCAACGUGGCACUGGUGAGGCAAAUCGAAGAGGGAAUCGCCAUAAAUAGCCCCAUACUGACAGUGGUGGCUGAAGAUAAGGAUUCGGGUGAUAAUGGCAAGGUAAUCUAUGGCUUGAUCGAUCAGGAACCACCUGGAAAUCACUUCUCCAUCAAGCGCAAUACCGGUGUCGUAACCACCACUCAUCAGAUCGAUAGGGAAUACAGCGAUACAUUCCGUUUGAGAGUCGUGGCUUACGACAUGGGAUUGCCUAAACCCCUGUCUGCCGAGAAGACCGUGACGAUUAUAGUGGAGGACGUCAACGACAAUGCCCCCACCUUCGUUUCUAUGGAUACCGGCGUCCUACCCGAAAAUUCGGAAAGGGGUUUCGUGGUGAUGACGUUAUCGGCAGUGGAUCCUGACGCCAAUAUGAACGGUAUGGUAAAUUACGAACUGGUAGACGGUAAUCACGAUUUAUUUUUUCUGGAUCGUACCACGGGCGAUCUUUACCUAUCCAGGAAAGUGGAUCAACCCGACGUCAUCUAUACUUUAACGGUGCAGGCUACGGAUCAAGCUCCUGGUGCAUACAGGAAGACGUCAAGAAGUAAAAUUACCGUGGUCGGUACCACCGAUCGCCCGACUGGUCCAGUUUUUUCUUCGUCGGAGUACCUUGGUUCCGUGUUCGAAAACGAACGCGUAGGUACCAGCAUUCUAGGUGUCAGAGCUCAGUAUAAGAGCGGUUCGGCUACCGUUUCCUACUAUUUAACUGGGAUAUAUUCAGAGGAUGUACCACAGAAGCGCGUGUUUGCCAUCAAUCGUCAGAGUGGCGUCAUCACCACCGCAGCCGUUCUGGAUCGAGAAAGUGGAGCUCACGUUUACGAAUUGGUAGUUUACGCCGUGGACAUCUCGGCACCCAGCCCCCACACCACUAAAACAAAGGUUAUCGUAACAGUCCUAGACAGGAACGAUAGUCCACCCGUCUUCCGUAACGCUCUUUACCUCAUCUCUCUGUCUGAAGAUGCUCCUCCUGGCCACACCGUCACCGUGGUUUCUGCAACAGAUGCAGACACAGAAGGAAGUAUCACUUAUUCUCUUGUAGAGAAUAAAGACAACAAUUUGUUUCAACUAGAUGCUAAAACUGGAGUUCUUCUAUUACGAGAACCUUUGGAUCGUGAAGUAACAUCCUUACACAAGUUACUGGUUAGCGCUAGUGAUGGAGUUCAAUCGUCCGAAACGACAGUCACUAUCGAGGUCAUCGACACAAAUGACAAUCCUCCAGUUUUCGAGCAGUUUGCAUAUUCGUUCGAUAUCGUGGAAGACAUGCAGAGGGGUGCUCAAAUAGGAACAGUAGUUGCUACCGAUACUGAUAAUGGAAUCAAUGGUCAAGUAAGCUACAGCGUGUUAAGUGAUUGGGGAAACGACGUAUUUUCUUUAAAUCCUCAAACUGGGAUCUUUACUUUAACUUCGCAUCUCGAUUACGAACAGGUUCAGCAUUACAUUUUCGUGGUUCAAGCUCAAGAUUCGGGACAACCGAGUCUGUCUACAACUGUUACAGUUUAUUUCAACGUUCUAGAUCUAAAUGACAAUGCACCCUUAUUCGAUCCCAUGAGUUACAGCGAUGAAAUUUUUGAAAACGUCACAGUUGGAACCAGUGUCAUACAAGUUACUGCUACAGAUUUGGAUUCGGGUAAGUUAAAACAUCGUUGCUACUUAAAUUUUACAUUAUUUUAUGCUGAUUUAUGUAAUUUUCCAUGAUUUUA